AUGAGGGGACUGAGCUGGUUCUCAGAGAUGGAGCACCCCAAGCUGGGAAUGCAGGAGGUUUUUGACGUGCGGCCGCUGUGGGGUGAGCUGCAGCCGGGAGAGAGCGAGCAGGUCACCUUCACCUUCUUUGGGCACGCCAACGUGGUGGCGCGUGUGCGGGCGCUGUGCCACGUGCAGGGAGGCCCCAGCUACGAGGUGGUGCUGACCGGGGAGGCCUCGUGCCCCAGCUACCAGCUGGACCUGCAGGAGAUCGACUGGGGGCUGCAGAGGUUUAACAAAGUCCUCAAAGCAGAGGUGACCCUGCGCAACACCGGGGUCAUGGAAUUCACCUUCGUGGUGCCAAACUGCAGCACUGGCACUGCAGCAAAGCCUCUGCCUGGAGUGCCCGUGGUCGUGCCCACCACAGGUUCCCUUGCACCUGGCCAGAAGCAAGUGUUGAAGGUCUAUUAUCUGCCAGGACAGCUGGGAGCCUUCCACAAGACUUUCCAGGUCAAAGUGGCUCAUCUGGAACCGGCAGAAAUCACCCUGAAGGGAAAGGGGACCUUCCCUGGGGUUACCAAGUACCGGCCCAGGAAGCUGAAAGGAUCUUGCCAGCACAUUGUUGUAGUCCUGGAAAGAUGA